AUGCUAUUCCAAUCACUCCUCGUCAGCGCUCUCGUAGCCCUUGCGACUGCUGCGAACCCGCUCGGUUUCACUAAGGUGCCGAACCCUGUGACCGUGGGAAAGGAGAAUGUCAUCACCUACAUGACCAACGACAACAAAACCCCUGUUACUAUCCUGCUCCGUCGUGGUGACUCCAACAACCUUCAGAUUGUCAAGACUCUCACCACCUCCGCAAGCGAUGGAUCGUUCGUUUGGACCCCGGGUAACGACCUGGACAACGGUUCCGACUAUGCCCUCGAAAUCAAACAGGAUGGCAACGAGCCAAACUACUUUGGACCGUUCGUUAUCCAAGGCUCAACCGAGACUGGCUCCUCUUCAUCUGGCACUGCUGGGGCCUAUGGCUCUAUGACCUCGAGCAUGUCUGCCACGACCACCGCGACUGCCAACAUGACAUCGACUACCAUGACCGCAACCUACCCAGUCUCUGCUGGUAACAUGACCACUAUGACUCGCAACUCAACCAUGACCCCCGCAACUCUCACCCGAUCCUCCUCCACCGCCAGUCAAACCGCAUCCGAGACCACUGGCGCAGGUUUCCAAGGCACCACCACUGGUGCCUCUCCCAGCCAAACCGGCGGCUCCGCAUCCACAUUCGCUGCAGGCGGCAGUGCGAUCGCGCUCGUAUUUGGAGCCGUCGCUGCUAUCGUCAUGGGUUAA